GCGUUUGCAUGCCAUACACGUUCGUGUGGCAACGUUAGCCUGUUCGGGCCGUUUCAACCUCCGUACAUUUCGUUAUACGUUCGGUGAAUUUCCCUCCUUCGUGUUCGCUGCUUGUUCGAGGGCACCAGCGUUCACCUAUCACUCACGCUCUACUUAUCUAAUGCGAACAGUCAUAUGUGUUCGGUGGAUUUUUCCCAUUGGGUUUGUAUCUUCACCACGAAGGUUGUUCAUGAACUACGGCAUUCGUGGCUUUACGCUGUUCAUGGGUUUUUUCUGGGGUUUUUUACGGCAGAUUCGCAGGCUUUUCAAUGGCCAUCUUGGAUUUCCCAUCGCAAGAGUCCCAGCGCCCAUUUUAAGCCAUGAGGGUGUAUAG